AACAGGAGUGGGGAUGUAAACACGCUGUGCCUUCUUCUCGUGGAAGCACGGUAAAUAAAAAGCAUGGAAAAUAUGUACUAUGAUUUUAUAAGGAAUGUUUUACACAUUUCUAACUCUAUCAAAUGAAAACAUGCUUCGAAAUUUUGAUGCCUCGAUAAACGUUUUAAUGUUAGUAAACAAUUCCUCGACUUAAUUUACGUCUGAAAUUGUCAUGAGUCAAAGGUCGUUUUACAAAUUAAAAAGUUUACGUUGGUGUUUGAGAAGGAAAAUCGAGAAUGGCUGAAAAAGGGGCCCAUUUAACUGGAACCACGUUUAUAAAACCUUCUAUAUUUGAAAUAGUGGCUCAGGAAUCCUUUGCCUCGACCGUUGAACCGGCUUUUAAAAAAAUUCUAUCGUUUAUCGUAUCAUUCAAUCCUGAGAGAUAUAAACAUCUUCUUAGAUGGUCUGACGAAGGUUACUUAAUUUUCAAUAUAAUUCUCCAACGAUACUAUUUAAAAAAAUUUUCCGCUUCCUUCUCUGAAGCAUUUUACGGUUUGAAACGUGUAGGAAUAAUAAAUUCCAAGAUCAAAAACAAUUUGUCGAACCGGCAAAAGACACUGUCCCUGACACUGAUAGUUUUAUUUCCCUAUUUGAAGAAUAAGCUUUCAAACCUAAGUCGCCGCUACAAACUCGAAGAAAUCGAUGGCUGUGCCCCACAAAACAAAUGGGAGAAGUUCUAUCGCAGCUGUGUUGUUAAAGGUUCUUUAAUGACCUUCGUAGCAUACGAAUUUAUAGUUUUAUACAAUUAUAUAUUGUACGUUGCUGGGAAAUCAGUGCACCAAUCGCCACAUUUGAAACUACUAUCCGUUACUUUAACCUACGCAGAUGCACAAUCCGUAAUCAGUGUUUCGGAUCUGUUAAAGAAGAUUCGAAACAAUUCUUUUGGUAUUAGCGAUAGCAUAGAUAUUCUUCAGCGUACUGUGACUACGUCUUUGGAAUUUGGAGCGUUCUUUCUUCAGUUCUUAUUCUGGUGGACGCAAGAACAUUUCAAUACCAAUCUAGUUACACUGCCCAUUCCACCGCCGCCUAACAUUUUGGAAACAGCUAGGCAAUUCAAAGGCAAAUGUCCAAUUUGUUGUAAACCGUUCAGAAUUCAUACAGUACUUUCUGUUUCCGGUUAUGCGUUUUGCUAUCAGUGUAUUGUUCCUGUAAUACGAAAAACUGGACAAUGUCCCGUGACAAAAUAUCCUGCUAAAGAAGAUGAUUUAAUACGUUUGUAUUUAGAUUAAAUAUCGUUGACAUUUAUAUAAAUCUACUGGAGAACAGUUUGAAUAAUAAAA